GCCGUCACAGCCGGGUUCUUCUACCACACUGCCCGGCUGGCCCGGGGCGGGUACCGCACGGUGAAGCACCAGCAGCCCGUGUUCAUCCACCCCAACAGCGCCCUGUUCGCCCUCCAGCCCCGCUGGGUGCUCUACCACGAGCUGGUCUGCACCUCCAAGGAGUUCAUGAGACAGGUGAUCGAGAUCGACCCCUCCUGGCUGCUGGAGGUGGCCCCUCACUACUACCAGGCCAAGGAGCUGGAGGACGGCAGCGCCCGCAAGAUGCCCAAGAAAGCCGGGAAGUGCCGGGAGGAGCUGGGCUGACCCCCUGGGACACUUGGGGACACAUGGGGGACACUUGGGGACACCCCCUGCCCAGGACACCCCAAUACAGCCCCUGGGGCCACCCCCUGCCCAGGACACGUCUCGUGGCCGCGGCGGCUCCGUCCGAGUUUAUUCUGUA